CUCUAAUGAUGCUGAUGUUGCUCCUGUUCGUGCUCCCCACAGCUCUUCUGCUCCGUGGGGCUGGGGCAGAUGAGAUCAUUGGGGGACGGGAAGCUAAGAAGUACUCCCGUCCUUACAUGGCCUACACAAUCACCAAAACAUCUGAGAAUGAAGAACUGGCAUGUGGAGGGUUCCUGAUCCAGGAAGAUGUGGUGGUGACAGCGGCUCACUGUAACACCGAGCCCUGGCAUCUGAGCAAAAUGUCUGUUAUUCUGGGAGCGCACAACAUUCGGAAGCCAGAACCAAACUCUCAGUGGAUCAAGGUGAGGCGCUGGAUCCCCCACCCUAAAUACAACAGGACGACCUCUCACUAUGACAUCAUGCUUCUGCAGCUGAAACACAAAGCCAGGCUGAAUAAGCAAGUGCAAACCAUCCCUCUGCCUGCUUGGAAGAAAAAUGUGAAACCAGGAACCAUGUGCUCCGUGGCUGGCUGGGGCAGAAUACACCUGUGGAGUAACAAGACAUCUGAUGUAUUGCUGGAGGUGGACCUGAUGGUCCAGGAAGAUUGCAUCUGCAAACAGACUUUCUCUGAUUAUUCUCGUAAGGUUCAGAUGUGUGUAGGAGAUUCCUCUGGAAAGAAAUCAACAUUCAAAGGUGAUUCUGGGGGUCCUCUGGUGUGCAAUGGGACAGCCUAUGGCAUUGUCUCCUAUGGACCACGUGGAAAAACCUUCCCUGAAGUAUUUGCAAAAGUCUCCAGUUUCAUUCCCUGGAUCAAGGAAGAGCUUAAAAAGCUGCAUUCUUAGGGACCACCUGUCUCCUCUUCGUCUGCCACCAUCACAUGAUAUAGUCAUCGCCUUGCACCUCUGCAGUUGAACUGAACCAAGCUGGAGUGCAAAAUCAAACAGCAUCCCAGAAAGCUAAAAAAAAUAAAAAAUAAAAAAGUAGUUGAUUUAGAAAGGAAACAAACAGAAUCCCCCCCCCCCCCCAAAAAAAAAAAAACAAAACUUGGAAAUGCAGCAUAAGUUUCUACGGAAGUAAAAUAUUUUUUUCUAACUGAAAUGGUAUUACAUGUUGAUAUGAAAGAAGGGUCAAUCAAAUUGGUUGCCAACAAACACUUCAAAAAUUGAAGGUAAGCAAAGUGAAAGAAAUGAAAAACCAUUUUUGUACAAAGCUAAUUGAUUUUGUCAAACAUCAAUUUCAAUUUGAUACCAAACGAUAGUUCACUCAAAGCUGAGGAAAGUUCAAAUGCUUAGAAAUUAAAGCAAAUUUAAUAUUGCAAUAAAAAUGAACUGAAAUUUCAACUCAAAAUAAAUAAAAAUGAGAUUUAUUAGAAUCUGAAACUUUAAGAUAUUGAAAUCAAAAUGAAUGAGCUCCAAAGAUCAUCACGACUGCACCACAAUGAGGUAUCAGGAAUAAAGAUUUUCCAAGGGGGAUGAAAAACCAGAGGAAAGGAUGCCAGGAUAAGACAUGUGCUUGCUUGUGUGCCAGGAAAUUAGCCACUAAUGUGGUAGAGCCAGAUUGCCUCAAUUCAAGUCCUUGCUUGCUCUUUUCCCUCUGCAACCUUUCCUUUCCCCCUUCUCCUAAUUCACUACCGGGCAGAUUCACUCGCUGCUGCUGUCACUGCAAAGAAUAAAAACAGCAUUAAAAAAGUU